CUUGUAUGGACUGGAGUGAUGUGAUGAAGAUAACUUGACGUUAUCUCUCAACUUUUAAUGACAACCAACCAAUAUUAAGAUACAAACCAUCAUCUUCUCAAAGAAAAUGGGAUAGGGACCAUUUUACAAUAUGGCCACCCUUUUUAACAGCGCUCUCCCUUCUCCGAGGAACAUCUCUCCACGCACUUCAUGCUCCUACUCCGUCAAAACAUUUCCAGACUCCGACUAUCUGGAGAGAUGUGGCGUGAGCUUUACAGGUAUUGGCGAUGACUGUGUGGUAAAGAUGGAACUCGGGAAUGGAACCGCUGCCAAGGUGAUGCUCCCGACUGGUUUGGUCACUUCAUACAAGCCUCAGAUGUGGCAUGGCGGCACAAUGGAGUUGCUGCAAACCUCUGUCUCUCAGAGCGAGAAUGGUACUGCUCUCAUUCGAGGAGGAUUGUCGUUAGCCCUUGCCUGCCAGAAUGAUGCCGGAUUUUCAUGGUCUCCACGUGCCUGGGAUCUUCAUCAAGUCACUGGAACUCCUCGAGAAUCAAUUCGGGUGGAGUUGUCGAGCACGAGUGAACAUGGCAACAUCGGCAUAAAGCAUAUUAUAACUCUUGAACAAGAUAGCUUCAACUCAGAGAUUGUAGUCUCUAACUCAUCUGCUUCAACUAUCCGUCUAGCUGGAUCAACCGUGUGCCAUCUGGCAGUGAGCACUCCCGAUGCAGCUUAUGCAAUAGGACUACAAGGCUCCGAUUACUUUGAUAUGCCACCGUUUCAGGGAAAUUUCAGCAUCGUCCCUCCAAUGAUUAACAAGUCUCCUAAUAAAUUCUGGCCAUUCAACAAACUAUUUCCCAAAGGGGAGGAAAACAUAAACAGACAGGCGGAGUCGGGUGAAGAAGACGAUGACUGCAAGCACUUGGCAGAAAUAUUAAGCAGGAUUUAUACAAGCACACCUCGAAGUUUAACCAUCAUGGACCGUGGAAGGAGAAAUUCGGUGACAAUGAGAAGACAAGGUUUUAGUGAAGUGUACAUAAUGAGCCCUGGAUCAGAACACGAGUGGUAUAGCAAGUAUUCAUACAUCUGCAUCGGCCAUGCUGCACAGCUUGAACCAGUAAUCAUAGAUUCUCAGAGCGAAUGGAGUGGAGGCGUGCAAUUGAUCAAUCCUAAUUACUAAAUUGGGAUUUCACGUGUUGUUUCUUUAUUGUGGAUUAAGAUAAUAUCAGGGAGUACGAAGAUAUUCGAAACAGAGAACAUAACUGGUUCUCUUGUGUCCAAGUCCUAGCUAGCUAUCUAGAGAUACCCUCGAUUUACUUGCUAUUUCACAUUCCUGUAUGAUCAUCCAACCAAAACAUCCAAGUCUGCACUAGAUACAUGGAAACAGUCAAAUAUCCCAUCAAGUGUUAUAAUAAAGUAACAAUUUUUAUU